AUGAAUGAGGCUAAAACACUGCUUUCCAAGCUCUUACAGGAGCACAGGAUAAAGCCUAGAAAGAUUAUGAGCAUAUUUAGAAAGCUGUGUGGAUGUAAAUUUGGAAAUAUUACGUUUGAUGUGAGGAAACUAGACAAUUUGAAGCAAGUUGAGCGUGAAAAAAGAAGGAACACUGACAUUGAGCAUACUAUGAACUACAUUGAGAAGCUGCAAGUUGACAAGCCAGGUUUCGUAUUCAAGGCGCAAAGAGACUCUUCCAAUGCAAUUCUAAGUUUGUUUUGGACAAAUUCAAGAUCAAGAUUGGAUUACUUACUGUUUGGGGACAUUAUUUCAUUUGAUACGACGUUCAGCACCAACAAGUACAAUAUGCCGUUUGCACCGAUUAUAGGAGUUAAUGGCCACUCCAGAACAAUUGUCUUCGGCUGGGCUCUUUUGCAGGAUGAGAAAGCGGAUACUUUCAAGUGGCUAUUUGAAACAUUUGUUGAUGUGAUGGGUGGGAAGAAGCCAAGAGUAGUCCUUACUGAUCAGGAUGCAGCCAUGAAAAAAGCAGUCCCAAAGGUGUUUCCGGAUGCAUUUCACAGAUUUUGCAUUUGGCAUGUUUGCAGGAAAGCAAGAGAAAAUCUGAAAGUUUACUUCCAUUUGAAGAAAGGGACGGAGAAGGAUAUGGAAGAAUGUAUCAUGCAAUCAUUAACAGUUGAGGAAUUUGAAAGAAAAUGGAAAGAAAUGGAGGAGAAGUACAGUUGUGGAAAACAUGCUCACGUUAAGCGCAUGUGGGACAACAGGCAGUACUUUGUACCUGCUUAUUUCCAGGGAGUGUUCUGUCCCUUUACUAGAUCAACAAGCAGAAGUGAGAGUUUCAACUCUAAUUUCAAGGAUUAUGUCUUGAGGAAGGAUACAAUUGAAACAUUCAUCCAUCAGUAUGAGCUGUUCCAAGAGAACGUGAUUCACAUAGAGAACCAAGAUAGAUUCAUAUCUAAUGAAAAGGUUCCUGUAAUGUGGGGUUAUCAGCGGUUUGAACGACAUGCAGCUGAGAUAUACACUAGAGCAAUAUACUGCAAGUUCUUGACGGAGAUGAUGAAUGCAACAGCUUUUGGAGUAAAGGAGAUUGAUAAAGAUAAAAAAUAUGAACUUAAGAGGAACUUUGAAUAUGAAAAUCCAGAGUUUGAUAGGGAAGUGUUCAUUGUGCAAACAGAUAGAACUACUGAUGAAUUUGAUUGUGAAUGUGGAAAGUUUCAGAAGGAUGGUAUUUUGUGCUGCCACAUACUCAGAUUAUUUACCCAAUUUGAUUUUCUGAAAAUCCGUAAGAAGUACAUAGUAGCAAGAGUUGGUGAGGUCUGUUCUGACAUUAGUGAUGAUUCUGUAUUGUGUCAAGAGUUACUCGAUGCUACUAAUACUAUCCAUACUAAGCACCUGUUGGGGAAAGAACAAGCAGUAGCAACCCGAGAAGAUGGGAAUAAUUCCAGGGAUAGGGAUGAUGUAAACAACGACAUGAGAGAUCCUGCAGUGAAAAAGAACAAAUCUGUGAGAAAAGGCGACAAAUUGAAGUCUCGUUCAGAGAUUGAAGCUUAG